UAACCCUCUUGGAGCAUUUAAAAAUGAUUUUGUAGUCAGUAAUGUAUUUAAUGCCAGAAAAGAUAAACCUUGGCAAGCUAGAUUGUUGUAAUUACUUCUGUGUUACAUCCCUGACACUGCAGAAUGGCAAAUCAGACCACCUUUACUGGAACAGUACUAACCCACAACUUGUCAUGUACACAUCGUUUUUUAAUUACUUUAACAUUGGCUAUAAAUAUCUAUUCCUUCUUUAUAUCUGUCCUUCUUUCCAGUUAAACUAUUCUCAUAUUCUGAAUGUUGAUAAUCCUGUAGAACACAGGAUUACCAGAGCUUUAAACAUUUGCCAUUUGAUCCCCUAGCCACUUCAGCCUUGACUUUCAGAAAACAGGCCUGGUUCCCUGCAAGUGCUGGCUGCCCAACCUCAUGACAGUUCAAUUAAACCGAUCGCUUUCACAGGGUGUAGAUAGGCUGCUGUUCUCAGUAAAUACCUCACCUCUGUUUUCUGACACACAGUUGCAUUCAAAGUCACCCAAAACACUGACUUUAUUCAAUUACAGCAAAUCCACUGAUUUUCAAGGCUCUAGCUCAUCUCCAGGAUUGUAUUUUCUACCAUCACAGUGAAUUUCAGCAUCUGAAUACCUGAGAACCAAGUUCCUCUUAAAAUUUACUCUAAGCAAAAGCCAGCUACCUCAGCUAAGUAUAGCACUGAGGUUUACUCUCUCCCUGAAUAGAAUUAUACGUAUUUUGAAAAUGGGAAAAAAAUUACAAGUGAUCAAAAGCAUUAAGCAUAAGGAUUAUCACAGGGGGGGAUUAUACGUAAAUCCUUAUAUGCAGCCCCAUAACAAAAGAACAGAGAAAUUGCAGUAUCAUUUCAAAUCUGAGCAAUGCCAGGCCUGGGAGCAUAUGGCAUUGCACUGGCCUAUUCUGUUGCUCUUCAUGUCAAGAGAAGGCACCCUGAGGUUCUCCAAAGCCUGCGGAAUAUCAGCCUCCGCUGAGAGGUAAAGGGCUCUCAGCAGAUUUUUUCAUCAAGCUCUGAGCAGAUGUCUCUUUGUUGUUGUUUUUUUGUUUGCUUUUUUUUUCUUUUAAGUGAGCAUGAAUAAACUAGCUCACCCAGAGAAAUCAAGACAACAGGGAUGGGUAAUUCCACUGAAUUCUUUUUCUACCUCUAGCACCAUUUUUAUAUUGCACAUCUGAAGGGAAAGCUUUUAAGAUAAUACUGAGUAAAAUAUAAACGUCACUGAAAAUUCAGAUGGCAGGAAUUCAACCAGAAAAAAAAAAUAUUUUCACUUCAACUAGUCCUCCUUGCACUUGUUGCCCAGGUCUUUCAGUUAACUGACAACUUUCCUAAUGCACUGUGCUCAGCUUCCUCCUCGUUUCCAGCAAUUCACAUCAUGAACUAUGCCCACUUACAUGAAAACGCUAAGAACUUCUUCCUUCAUUCAAAGGGAGUUAAGAGUUAUCCUGAAGCCAGGAGAAAAAAAAAAAAGUGUAUAACCAAGGCCAUUUCAGAAAGAAUGUCACCUUGAAAGCACGGACAAGGACAGAACAGUCUUAUAGUAAGCCUUCUCUUGACACAUGUACCAUCAGUGGAGAUGCCUGACUGUGAUAUGUCACUAAGAUGAGGCUGGUGAAAGAACAUAAUCUUGGAAGGACACUCGCCUCUCCAUCUACUCAAAGAACCUGGCUAUUACCACUCAAGUGACACUGCAAAGCUAGAGGUUUGUCUUAAACUAAAAUGUAGUGUUAGAUGAAACAGUUUGCCACUUCUCAAGGUUUCUGAAUUCAGAGAACUGGAAUUGAAUAGAAAGGGCAAAGGCACUUCCACAGUGCUGAAGGUGGACCAAGAAUUUUAAUUGCUGUUCAGAUUCUGAGAACUUUGGCUUAUAUACACAUUCAUCUUACCUGAAAAACCAACAGUGCCCAGGAACAAGACUACUGUAGUAACACAUCUCCGAAUUCAGCCUACUACAGAGUCACCACUGGAAUAUAUGAUGUGAAGAUGAAGAAACUAAACCCUACAGAAGACCACAGUACGAAGGGAAACUUUGAUGUCUGUACAAGAGCUUACUCUGUCAACCUAACUUGUCAAAGUACUAACUUACUGAGGUUUAGGGUUACUGAUUUUGCUCUUCUUCAAAGGAAGCUAUUUAAGAUAUCUGAGACAUGAGUGUACAAACACUUUGAUCUUUCUGCAUAAAAUGCAACGUUUCAGGGCUGAUUAUUUAUGUUGAAAUUAAUAUAUUUUCCUACCAAAUAAAACUAUUUUUUUGUAGCAUUUACCCAAGAACACGAUUUUGAAUUCUAUGAACUAUUUUGGAGUAAGCUUUUUUCUUUUUUAAGCACACAGUUCUGAGCUGACAGGAGGGUUAAAUUACCACUCCUGACCUUCUCUAUUUCUCUUUCUUACUAUCACUGUUUCUUCUCCUCCAGCUAGGAGAUAGUUAAACUUGUUCAUGCAUUUAUGUGCGUUCACCUAUUGAUGACUUUCAGGACAUUUGCCUUGUUGAUAUUUCUAACACUGAUGGUAGCUACUUUUUAUUGUAUCAAGUUUAUCACACCUGAGCUGUGAUAACAAUGUUAUCAAUUUGCGGUAGUAUAAGACAAAGUCACCAAAUAUUUAAGGUCCUAGAAAGGCAUUUUUGCAGCUUUCUAAUGUAAGCUACCCUAACACCAAUUCUCAGGCUAAGUAGCUUUAGCAGACUCACAUCUCUCUCUCCAAUCUGCAAUUGCAUCACUGCACUGCAGUGCAGAAGUGCUUUAAAGCCCUUAUGCACUUGUAGCAGAUCUAACUUCAGCACCAUGGGAAUCCAGAUACCACUUGUAUGGUAAUCUGUAAUUAGAAGCUGUCAAGAAACAUGGAGGAACACCUCUUACUACACUAUCUUUAAAGAUGUAUCUAGGAGCAAUACUAUCAACCACGAAUAAGCAGGUUUUCAGUUCACUGAGUAAACUGAUUUUUGUCAAGUCUGUAUUUAUUUAGGGAUGCUAGCAAAAAAAACUUAUUUUUUUGUGCAGCAUUUGUAUAAAAAGCAAAUAAACUAAUGUUUUCAGAUUUCUAAUGUAGCUCUUCAGUGAACUGUGGUUUUUUGAGUAUAUAAAAAACUUAGCAGCUCACCUGCUAAAUGUCUACCCAGAAAAUAUUACAUUUUGGGAAACAGAAUUUCACUGUGUAUUCUGUUACCAAAUCUUUAUGCUUGAGGAUCCCUUAUAAAAUUACAUGGCAGUCUCCAAUGUGAUUUUCUAUUUCUUUUUCUAAAAUGUAAUUUUCCAUACGUUUUAGAUAAAUAACUGUAAUGAAGUAGUUCUGAAUGAAUGUUGGGAAAGUUUAACCUACAUUUGGUGCACAAGCUCUGAGGAUCAGUAAAAGUUUUUGCAGGACUAUAGUAAGUUUAAUAAAUGCAUUUGUGACUGCACUUUCUUAGGAAAAGGCAACCCUUUCAGUUUCACUAUGGGUUUCUUUUGUGCAGACAGUCCAAAUUCAGAAACAUACCAAAUCCAUGGUUACUUCUGGAAACAAAUACAGCAUUCUGUCUCUGCAAAUUUUCAAGCAAGUUCAUCCAAAAUAACUGCCAUUAUAAAUCCUUGUUCAGUGUUUCUUCUUUUUAAAACAAUUCUUUAAAAGAAAAAACCUGUAACUACCCCAACAGUACAAUGAUAUAGAAUUUCUGCACUCCUUUUCUCUGUGCUUUUCUUUCCCUACAGUUACUAAGUUUCUAAAACAGAUAAACUGCUACUGACAGUGGAGAUCGCGCUACAGCACUAGAGAAGAACAGAUUUAACAGCAGAUAAGAGCCAAAAGAAUCCUCCAAAUGCUAUAGGAGCAACCCACAGUUUGUUUUCUGUUCCUACCCAAAUGGCAGUGGAGACAUAUGAGCCUGCCAACGCAAUGAUUCUCAUUAGAGUAGCACAUACACUAACAGAAACACUGAACAAUAUCAACUUGUACUACUUCAGUACUCUUUUACGAACAACAAUUAUCUUAGUAACAAUCUUUUCAAAUUAUUAAGUCACUGAAUCUUUGUAAUUUAUGUGAGAUCAAGAAAUCAAGGAAUAUUUGGAAAGGUUUCUGAGAAUACUUUUAUGGUUCCAUUUGCAGGCAGACAGCUCUCCCCAUUCUUCUGUCUGGGAAAUAUAUAGUUCCUAUAUCAGAUUCUGAAAUAUUCCUGAGCAUAUUUCUGCCACAGGAGUAAUAGGGAGUUGGGGACUAUUUCUGCUUGGCUUUGUGAUUAUACUUUCCAAUUUCAGAUAGGGAUACUUACAAUUCUGUGAGGACUAAACCAAUUAAGUGCUAAUUGAUUUUCUAGCACUUAUAAAGAGGCAAUUCACCCAUCACAUCUCCCACUGAAAACAAUAAUGACUAUUAAAGGGACAGCAUAAGAUCAGUAUUGUAGUCAAAAGUUCUAAAUAAAUAGUCAUAGAGUAUUUGUUAGUGAGAGCAAAUAAGGAUCUGAGUUUUUAAUGGAUGAUUCAAUCUGAGUUCCUCGCUCUCCAUUCACUCUGUGGCUGCUGUGUGCUGCAGUCCCGCCUCUCACUGCCAGCCUGCAUCGGAAUGAUAAUCAGUCACUAUGAAAACUCAUUAGCUCCACAGCAAUGAGUCCUCCACUGCUGAAGCUUGGUGCUGUUCUCAGCACCAUGGCAAUGAUCUCUAACUGGAUGUCCCAAAUUCUCCCAUCUCUGGUAGGACUAAAUACCACCAGACUACCCACUUCAGAUACUCUAACUCAAAUUAGCCCCAAGGAAGGGUGGCAAGUUUAUAGUUCAGCCCAGGAUCCUGAUGGCCGCUGCAUUUGUACAGUUGUUGCACCUGAACAAAACCUGUGCUCAAGAGAUGCCAAGAGCAGGCAACUUAGACAGCUGCUAGAGAAGGAGUUGAAAGAAAAGAUGGAUGAGCUCCUGCCACUGAUCCCAGUUCUGGAGCAAUACAAAACUGAUGCCAAAUUAAUCACCCAGUUCAAGGAGGAAAUUAGGAAUCUGUCUACUGUCCUCACUGGUAUUCAGGAAGAAAUUGGUGCUUAUGACUAUGACGAACUACACCAGCGGGUGCUGAGUUUAGAAACAAGGCUUCGAGACUGCAUGAAAAAGCUCACAUGUGGCAAAUUGAUGAAAAUUACAGGCCCCAUUACAGUCAAGAUAUCUGGAACCCGAUUUGGAGCCUGGAUGACAGAUCCAUUGGCAUCAGAGAAAAAUAACCGAGUCUGGUACAUGGAUAGUUACACUAAUAAUAAAAUUGUCCGUGAAUAUAAAUCAAUUGCAGACUUUGUCAGUGGGGCAGAAUCAAGGACAUACAACCUUCCAUUCAAAUGGGCAGGAACCAACCACGUUGUCUACAAUGGCUCCCUGUAUUUCAACAAGUACCAGAGCAACAUCAUCAUCAAAUACAGCUUUGAUACUGGGCGGGUGCUUGCACAGCGUAGCCUUGAGUACGCUGGCUUUCACAAUGUCUACCCCUACACCUGGGGUGGCUUUUCUGAUAUUGACCUGAUGGCAGAUGAAAUUGGGCUCUGGGCUGUGUAUGCCACCAACCAGAAUGCAGGCAACAUCGUUAUCAGCCAGCUAAACCAGGACACACUAGAGGUGUUGAAGAGCUGGAGUACAGGCUACCCCAAAAGAAGUGCUGGAGAAUCCUUCAUGAUCUGUGGCACCUUGUAUGUCACUAACUCUCACUUAACAGGAGCCAAGGUCUACUACUCUUACUCCACCAAAACCUCCACUUACGAGUAUACAGACAUUCCUUUCCAUAAUCAGUAUUUUCAUAUAUCCAUGCUUGACUACAAUGCAAGAGAUAGAGCUCUCUAUGCUUGGAAUAAUGGACACCAAGUCCUGUUUAAUGUUACUCUUUUCCACGUCAUUAAGACUGAUGAUGACACAUAAUUCUUUCACUUUUGCUUCCCUCACCCUCCCCCAUCUCAAAACAGCCUCAUUUGUGAAAAAUUCUAACACAUCCAUUUCUCUUAAUUCCAUAUCUUUUUCAUUUCUUUUCUUCAUUAAGAAAAAGUAACAUUUUCUACCAUGCAGUGCAUUUCAAAUAUGGCUGUACCUGUCAAAAACAACUUGCUGGAAAUAGAAGCAUCAUAACUCAUGAUUCCACAAGGUACUGACAGACAUUGUUGUGAAAAACACUACAAGAAGUGGCUAAGGACAGUUUAAAAGAUAUUGAUCUGCCUUAUUUUAGAGUCAGAGACUAAUGGUGGCUUAAAUGCAUGAAUGUCUUUUUUUUUUUUAACCUCAUUUUUGUUUUCAGUCUCUUGUUAAGCUCCAGGAAAUAUUUUGGUAAUGUAAGACAUAUUGCACAUUGUAUUUUUUAUUUAUUCUAGAAGAAAGAUUUAAGAAUUUAAUUUUACUUGGACACAGAGUACAACUCAUUUUGCCAUCACCCAAUUCCAGAUGUGGUGCUGUACAAUAUGUUUUUAAAUCUCUUGCAAACAUUUUAUCAACAGUAUGUAUUUCUACCAUUGUAACCACCAUUGUGCAAUUGUAUCUCUUCACUUAUGUGAAAGUAAACUAAGUACUAUUUUUUAUAAAAUAUGUUGAAGCUUAAUUGCAGUUCUGGCUAUGGGUCAGUUGACAGUGGCAACUCAGAGAAGGUUGUUAUUUGUUAGAAAAGAUGGUUCAGUAGUUUUUUAGGUGCACAAUCCCCAUUCUCAGCCUUGCUUGGAACACCCCUUCUUACUCACCACUGAUGCUAACUCAAAAAUUUGCAAUUUUGAAACCUCAUGCCAAUCCUUGUAAGACAUUGGCCUUGGCACUGGGUCUGUUUUCCAGCAAGGGCAAAUAAUAUGGUAGCUCUUUGGCUUGCUACAAUAUCUCAUUAGAAACUGGAAACUGGAAAAAAGUGUCAUAAGCCUCAUUCUAUCUCAUUUGAAACUAGUGGGGGUGGUGACAAGGGUUCCAUUAAGGAAAAAAAUAAGAUGCUAUUUAUUUAGGCACAUCCACAAAUAAACUAAUAUUAAUAAUUAUAGUAAACUUUAUAUUAAGCUGGGCUGUCACAUAAGAUAAAGAGACAGGUACUCGAAACCACGUGGAAAGUCUUGUUCCUCACAAAACCUGAGAUUUUCCUCUUUUAGUCCCUUUAAGAUUGCUCAUAGAAAAUCAAGAAUACUUAUAAAGAUACUCUUGUUUAAGAACAAGAAAAAAAAAUGCACAGGUAUUUUGCUAGAUCCAUUUUGAAGACAUUUGAUUACUUGAUUCUUCCAAUGUACCAGUAGAGACCGUCUUAGAAUAAUGAAAACUUUCAUUUAUGUCCUAUUCACAGUAAUGAGUCUGCUUUACAACAUGUCCAUGUGGAGAUGAACACAAAUUGCCUUACUUUUUCAAAUUGGUUGUAAAACAAAAAACUAACUGAGAAGUUUCAAGAACAAACAAAGGGGAAAAAGACACCCCAAACCUAAAAACACACAAAAUCAGAGAAAACUUAGAAUCAUAGAAUCAUUAAGGUUGGAAGAGACUGCUAGGAUCAUCUAAUCCAACUGUCCACCUACUACUAAUAUUGUCCACUAACCACGUCCCUGAGGACUACAUCUAGACACUUCUCUUGAACACCUGCAGGGAUGGUGACUCCACCACGUCCCUGGACAGCCUAUUCCAGUGCCUAGCCACUCUAUCAGAGAACAAUUUUUUCCUACAAUCCAACCUGAAAAGUUACUCUACUGUGUCCACUUUCCCUCUUUGUCUCUUGUAAAAACGGCAGCUGUAACCCUUCAAAAAUCACACAGUGGAGUCAGACUCCAGGUGAAUAGACAAGUUAAACCACUUCACUCCUGUAUCAACUUGCCACACUUUCCAGUCUUGACAAUUGAACUAUGACAAAGGAAAAUGUGACUACUGAUUAAAUGGCUUUUUAUAUCAUAUAGAAGGAAACAUUCCAUGUUUUAUGGAAAUGAAGUAUCUUUACCCUAAAGCAAACACUAACCUUUCCUUCCCACAGAGUAACAAACAAGUUUGUUGGUUGUUUUUUUUUUUUAAAUAUAGCACUCCUAAAAAGUUACUAGUGAGAAGUUAAACAUUUUUUUUUUUUACCAUCGUUAAUACUAAUAUCUGGAAAAAAGUUACUAUUAUUCCUCAAGUGUAAUUACAAUAUAUACAUUAGUGUAAGUUUGUAACGUUUCUUAGAGUAUAUUAAUCUCAUUUAAUUAGUAAUUUAAAGGGUAAAAUGACUACACUCCUAAUAAUCAAAGGAAAGAGACUACUGAAGGGUGCUGAGGAUGGGUGAAUAAGAGAAAGGUACCUCUGAAGUGUUAUUUUCUUACUGAUAAAACUACAGCUCUAAGGUUUAGGAGCCAUACCUAAAUAAAUCCUGCCCUUAGUAACAGUAGGUUGAAUUCCAAAACCUUUAAACAAGAAAUAAUAACUUGCACACAACAGAACCUGGUGAGACACUACCAAGGAAGCAGUUCUACCUCCUCUUAAGAAGCAUCCAUUCUUCUGUGAAUGUGUUGAUCAUCUGAAUAUCUUUAAAUUCCUCUCAUAUUCCCAAAAGACUGCAAACAGCAUGCCUUAAUAUGCGCAAUUUUAAGUUUUACAAAAUGCUUUCAUAACUGAGCAGCACAAGAAAAAAAUCUUCAUAAAACAGCAGAAACCUACAUAGGCGUAAGUAAAGUUUUAUUCUUACAAUUGCAACAUAGGCUGUUUGUUACUGGGAUGUCAUGAUACUUGAUGGAAAAAAAAGCUCUUUAAACACAGGAAAAUUAAUUGUGUGCCUACAUAUAUAUCUUAGUGACGAAUCAUAACCUCCUGCUUCAAGGAGUGUGUUACAGGUCCACCCGGCAGAGAAGAAGGCAGGUGAACACAAGGCAAGCAUUGAAUAGUGCAGUACCUGCAGUUUGCUCCCUGCAACAGGUAAGCCAUUCCUCAUGACAAAAUGUGUGCAAGAACUCACCACAGAGAAAGUUCCUUGAACAGCAAUCGCCUUUUAUAGUUCCUUCUGCAACUCAUUCCAGUGAGUACUGUCAAGCCUCUUGCUACGCACUCAGGCUGUUCAGCCAAUCCUACCUGUCACAGUGUGUUAAAGAUGACCACUGGCAGCAACUCUGGAUCCUAUGUGCCAUUCCUGUCACUACUAGCAAAGGACUGGAUUUAAUUUGAAAAAUUAAAAAUGACUAAAAAUGCUUAUAACUAAGAGUAUUUAUUUUCCAGACAAGCUGAAGCACUAUCUAUCACUCAGCUGAGCAGGCUGGAUCCACAGCACAAGACAAGAGAAUCUUUGUUUCAAUCCACAGCAUGAGUAAAUCUCUUACCUGGCAGUUUGUCAUAAAUACUUAGAAAAAACAUGGGCUAGACACGUGCAAACCACUCUCAACAAAUGAUUAAUCUGGUUAAUUUUAUUCUUUACUAGUUUUAGAAUUUCCAGCAAACACCUUUGAGUUGCACUACUUUCUAUACUAGACAAAGCGUUCUGAGGAAUCCUUUGGGCGAGUAUAUUCUUAGAAUCAUAGAAUAAUCAGGGUUGGAAGGGACCUUUAUAUUCAUCUAGUUUCAACCUCCUGCU